UCCCCUGGCUGGCAGCGCAGAGGCCGCAGGAUGCCCGGAGUUACUGUAAAAGACGUCAACCAGCAGGAGUUCGUCAGAGCUCUGGCAGCCUUCCUCAAAAAGUCCGGGAAGCUGAAAGUCCCUGAAUGGGUGGACACCGUCAAGCUGGCCAAGCAUAAAGAACUUGCUCCCUACGAUGAGAACUGGUUCUACACACGAGCUGCUUCCACGGCAUGGCACCUGUACCCCCGGGGUGGUGCUGGGGUUGGCUCCAUGACCAAGAUCUAUGGGGGGCAUCAGAGGAACAACGUCAUACCCAGCCACUUCAGCAGAGGCUCCAAGAGCGUGGCCCAGCAGGUCCUCCAAGUCCUGGAGGGGCUGAAAAUGGUGGAAAAGGACCAGGAUGGGGGCUGCAGACUGACGCCUCAGGGACAGAGAGAUCUGGACAGAAUCACUGGACAGGUGGCAGCAGCAUUAGAACAAAUGAUGCUAGACUAA